AUGAAUAUUGUAGAAUUGGCACAAAAAAAUGCGAACGAUUAUGAAUUGUAUGAGAUUAUGGGUACCCUGGAUGGGCAGACUUUCAAAGAAAGGAAGCUCGAUAGAGGCGAAUAUCCGGUGGCGGUACAAAUGCUUUGGGCACGACCGCUAGGCAGUGAAAACAACGAAGCAACUCCAAAAAAUCGUCUGGUACUAAGGUAA